CCUGAAGGCUGAGUAGCCAGCGGGAUGCCCGGUCUGCUGAACCAGAUGACAGGGGCAGCCCUGCCCCUCACUGCUUCUGAUGUCACCUCCUUCGUCAGUGGUUAUGCCCUGGGUCUGACUGCAUCCCUCACCUAUGGCAACCUGGAAGCCCAGUCUUUCCAGGGCCUCUUCGUGUACCCGCUGGAUGAGUACACCACGGUGAUCGGCUUUGAGGCGGUCAUUGCUGACCGGGUUAUAACGGUACAGAUCAAGGACAAAGCCAAGAUGGAGAGUGGCCACUUCAAUGCCACCCACCUUCGAGCCACAACUGUCACAGGAAACAUCCUGCGAGAGGGGGUUUCCGUGGUCCCACCUUCCUGCACGCUGGGAAAGGUGGCUUUGGACGAGGAUUUGGAGCGGAUCCUCUUUGUGGUCAACCUGGGGACCAUCACCCCGAUGGAGAACGUCAAGGUCUUCAUCAGCACCUCCUCAGAGCUCCCGACGCUGCCCAGCGGGGCCAUGCGGGUCCUGCUGCCUGCUGUCUGCGCCCCGACCGUGCCCCAGUUCUGCACAGAGAGCGGUGACCCCUCCAGCCAACAGGCCCACGGCAAAGACAAGCAUUGCUUCGGCGCCCGGGCCCUGGACUCCUGGAACAAGCUGUGCCUGGCAACUCUUCUGGACAUGGAUGUGUCCAACCCCAUGGAAUAUGAGUUCAACUUCCAGCUGGAGAUCCGUGGGCCAUGCCUGCUCGCAGGGGUAGAGAGUCCGACCCAUGAGAUUCGAGCCGACGCCGCCCCGUCCGCAUGCUCGGCCAAGAGCAUAAUCAUCACCUUGGCCAACAGGCACACCUUCGACCGGCCGGUGGAGAUCCUCAUCCACCCCAGCGAGCCCCACAUGCCACAUGUCCUGAUGGAGAAAGGGGACAUGACCGUGGGAGAAUUUGAGCAGCACCUGAGGGGAAGAGCAGAUUUCAUUAAAGGGAUGAAGAAGGACAGCAGUGCAGAGCGAAAGACAGAAAUCAUCCGGAAACGCCUCCACAAGGACAUUCCCCACCAUUCUGUCAUCAUGCUCAACUUCUGUCCUGACCUCCAGUCAUUCCAGCCGAACCUGAGGAAGACCCAUGGCGAGUUUAUCUUCCUCAUUGACAGGAGCGGCAGCAUGAGUGGGACCAACAUCCACCGCGUCAAGGAUGCCAUGCUGGUGGCUCUUAAGAGCCUCAUGCCGGCUUGCCUCUUCAAUGUCAUUGGGUUUGGAUCCACAUUUAAGAGCCUCUUCCCUUCCAGUCAGACCUACAACGAGGAGACCUUGGCCAUAGCCUGUGAAAACAUUCAGAGAAUGCGGGCUGACAUGGGUGGCACCAACAUCCUCUCCCCGCUCAGGUGGGUCAUCCGGCAGCCAGUGCACCGAGGCCACCCGCGACUCCUCUUCGUGGUCACAGACGGGGCCGUCAACAACACCGGGAAGGUGCUGGAGCUGGUGCGAAACCACGCCUUCUCCACCAGGUGCUAUAGCUUUGGAAUUGGACCCAACGUCUGCCACAGGCUGGUGAAGGGGCUGGCAACCGUGUCCAAGGGCAGUGCUGAGUUCCUGAUGGAGGGGGAGCGGCUGCAACCCAAGAUGGUCAAAUCCCUGAAGAAGGCCAUGGCCCCAAUCCUGAGUGAUGUGACUGUGGAGUGGGUCUUCCCGGAGACCACCGAAGUGCUGGUCUCCCCCUUGAGCACCAGCACCCUCUUCCCUGGGGAACGGCUGGUGGGAUACGGCAUUGUGUGUGAUGCCUCCUUAUACAUCUCCAACUCCAGAUCUGACAAGAGGAGACGAUACAGCAUGCUGCACUCGCAGGAGUCCAGCAGCUCUGUCUUCUACCAGUCACAGGAUGAGGGGCCCGGCUCAGACAAUGCAAAUUGUCCCAAUAGCUUGGGGGAACCCCUCGACCUGCGGCAGGCCACAGAUGCCCGGCCGUCCAGUGGCAACCCCGCCACCAGUCCUGGUGUGGGCCUCUCCCAGCGACGACGGGCAUAUAGCACCAACCAGAUCAUCGACCACAAGCCCUCCCCGAGGGCCACCACGGUCAGCGACCCCACGAUGGCUGCCAGGAGAUACCCACUGCGGAAAGCCAAGCUGCAGGACCUCAUCAACCAGCCCAGCCCAGAUGCCCAGCCGAGACAGAUUGAUUUGCAGCCCUUCCUGAACAGUGGCUGGGACCUGUGCCAGGGCCCCAAACUCCGGGGCCCAGGGGCCCGCAGGCCCUCUCUGCUGCCCCAAGGCUGCCAGCCCUUCGUGCCCUCUGACCAGGAGCCCCAGGCCUGGAGCCCCAUGAGGGAGCUGGAUCUUGGGUACAGCCUGCAGCCUGCCUCAGACAGCCUCAGCCCUGGGGACCAGGAGCCGGUCCAUCAACCCUCCUCCUUGGAGACCCAGACCUCCCCGGCCUGGGAGCCGCAGGCCAGCACCGGCAGGCAAGCCACCCCAGACCCCGUGCUGGGCAAGGCCGUGGUCAAGGGCCUGCGCGACAGCCAGCGUUUACAAUGGGAGGUGAGCUUCGAGCUGGAGCCCCCGGGCCACGAGCGGAGCAGAGCGCACGACGCUGACCUUUGGAAGGAGACCUUCCACCACCUGGCGGCCCGCGCCAUCAUCCGUGACUUCGAGCAGCUGGCGGAGCGCGAGGGCGAGAUAGAGCAAGGAUCCAGCCGCCGCUACCAGGUGAACGCCGUGCACACCAGCAAGGCCUGCAACAUCAUCAGCAAGUACACCGCCUACGUGCCUGUGGACGUGAGCCAGAGGCUGUACCUGCCCACCGUGGUGGCCUACCCCAGCUCCGGUGCUGCACUGCGGAUGGCCAGCUCUCGGGCCCUGAACCAACAGUGGAGGGGCAGCUCUGCUGGCUUCAGUCGGUCCCAGUCCGUGUUCACGGAAGACUCGGCAGCAGGACCUGGCAGAUUUCAGAACCUAAAUGUGGAGGAAAACCCCACUGUGCCCUCCGGCAAUGCCACAUCCCCGGGCGGGGAGAAGUACGCUGCUUCUGAGGGUCCCCAGCUCGACCUGGCCACCAACACCCCUUCUUCCUUGAAGACCUCUGAGACCCUGUUUGGAACCAGGCUGACUCUCAAAAAGUCCAGGCUGCUGACGCAAGCAGCCAGGGGCUUCCUGGGCAAGCCGCUGACCAAGACUCCAGAGCCAACGCCAGGGAGCCAGAGCUUCGACUACGUCCCACUGGUGUCUCUGCAGCUGGCCUCCGGAGCCUUCCUGAUGAACCAGGCCUUCUGCGAGGCCAUCCACAUCCCUAUGGACAAGCUCAAGUGGACCUCGCCCUUCACCUGCCACCGAGUGUCCCUCACAGCCCGCCAGCCCGCGUCUAAGACCAGCCCCUCGUCUCGGCACCCCUCUUGUGACACCUUCUCCGAGGAGCCUCUGGCAGGGGACAAGGCGAGCUGGGAGCUCAGCGCGGUGACAGAACACACAGGGAAGCUGUGGGCCACAGUGGUGGCCCUGGCGUGGCUGGAGCACAGCUCGGCGUCCUACUUUGUUGAGUGGGAGCUGGUGGCCGCCAAGGCCAGCGCAUGGCUGGAGCAGCAGGAGGUGCCGGAGGGCCGCACGCGAGGCACGCUCAAGGCCGCCGCCCUGCAGCUGUUCGUGCUCCUGCGGCACUGGGACGAGAGCCUGGAGUUCAAUAUGCUCUGCUAUAACCCGAAUUAUGUGGAGGGAGCGGCUCAGUGGGCCUGGGUGCCCCACAGACCCCCCAGGAAGAUGAAUGGUGGGCUGUGUGGACCCAGACUUUUGCAUGGCCUGGGGCUCCACCGCCUACAAAGUUGGAGGCCCACUGAGGGGCUCCCGCACCCACAGGUGUCUCUGCAGCUGGCCUCCGGAGCCUUCCUGAUGAACCAGGCCUUCUGCGAGGCCAUCCACAUCCCUAUGGACAAGCUCAAGUGGACCUCGCCCUUCACCUGCCACCGAGUGUCCCUCACAGCCCGCCAGCCCGCGUCUAAGACCAGCCCCUCGUCUCGGCACCCCUCUUGUGACACCUUCUCCGAGGAGCCUCUGGCAGGGGACAAGGCGAGCUGGGAGCUCAGCGCGGUGACAGAACACACAGGGAAGCUGUGGGCCACAGUGGUGGCCCUGGCGUGGCUGGAGCACAGCUCGGCGUCCUACUUUGUUGAGUGGGAGCUGGUGGCCGCCAAGGCCAGCGCAUGGCUGGAGCAGCAGGAGGUGCCGGAGGGCCGCACGCGAGGCACGCUCAAGGCCGCCGCCCUGCAGCUGUUCGUGCUCCUGCGGCACUGGGACGAGAGCCUGGAGUUCAAUAUGCUCUGCUAUAACCCGAAUUAUGUGUAGGGGGUUGGGGCAGGGGAGGCGGGCGGGGACCUGUGGGCCUGGGGGGGGAGCUUUGGACGCUAUAAUAUAUUGGUUGCUAGAAAGAGCCCUGGACUAGCGGUCAGGAGGCCUGAAUUCCAUCCCAACUUUGCUACCACCAGCUGUGCACCGGAAGGCCAGACCGUGCCCCCUGUCUGGGCCUCAGUUUUCCCCCUUCUCCUCCCCACUCCCCGACCCCCGUAAGAUCAGUGGGUGAGGUGAGGUUGGACUAGAGAUCUAGAAGGGUCAAAGGUUCCUUUCUGCCUGGACUGUGGGCUGCUGUGGGGGUGACAGCCACUGGGGGUAGAGAGGGAGCACAACUUAAACCUGGGAUCCCCCAGGAGGAGGAGCACGUGGUCAGUGUCCCCUCAAAUAAAAGGGUGAAGGAGCAAACCCCAAAACUGCAAGUCACCAGAUUUACAAGCUUGUAGCCAGGCCGGAGAGACCACCUCGGCCUGCUGCAUUGUGGGCUAGGCACUCGUCUCCAUGGUGACAGCCCAGGACCCCUAAGUCACGCUUACAAACCCACUGGAGAACCAUCCUCCCCAACACUGGGUAGAAGGAUCACCGGGGCCUUUUCCUCCGGCCUGGAAGCCCUUCGUGUAUUUAGUGUGGAUGUGUGAGUUCCUGGCUAAGAAGAGCAGGUGAGCAGGACAGGGGGAGACACCCUGCAAGCGGGGUGUUAGAAUUGAAUGGCUGUCCGUGCAAACACAGUCCCAAAAGAAUAGAUGGAGUCACAGAAGUCAGUGGAGAGACCAGACAGCAGCUUAAGUAAUUUACACACUUUCGGGAAGGACGUAAUGCAAACUCUACCCACUCGGGCUGAGGGGCAGAGAGGCACCCUGUGUCAGCUGCAUUCUGGGACGGGGGGCGCCAUCCAGCCGUGUCACACUGUGCGGGACGCGGCCUUCUUUGCAACAGGGAACCGUGCUUGGCUGCAGUGCAUUUGGGGCAGCAGCUCCAGUCAGGAGACAUGAUCUACUCAAUGACAUGGAAGACUCUUGAGGCUUCAAGGCAGAGAGGCCCUGGGGACUUGCUCCCAGGCCCACCUGGUGGUGCCAUGUGGUAACAUCCGCACUGCAGCCUCAGAUUCCCUCCUGGCUGCUGCCCAGUGAUCUCUGCCCCACAGAUCCCCCUGGAGGCAGGUCUGGACUUCACCAAGGAAGCCCACCAGCUUGGGGCCCCGGGCUGAGUCCGCACACCCCGAGCUCACACCCCUCCCCAAGGCCUUAAUCUCGCCUCAUCGAGUGGCCCCAUCAGGCCCCACAGCCCUGGCACAAGCUUCCCACUUCCAGAGAUCUGGAGGGCCCCAUGCAGACCUGUGGAGCACGUGGACUCUGGCGCAGUCUCAGCCUCAGGAAGACUCAGAAAUGCCCCGUCUUCAGCCGGAGCUGAGGGAGCGGAGGGGUCCAGCCCAACACCCACCAGGCUGGAGAAAAGUCAGCCCCAACAGGAAGUGGUACCACGCAAACCCCCCCCCCCAAGAGCCCUCCCUGACCACCUGCUGAGCUGCAAACUCUCCCAGGCACCUCUCUGCACCAGCCCCUCGAGGCCCUCACAUAAAGCUGGAUCCAUCCCCAAGGGAGGGGAUGGGGCUGGAGACUUCCUUCAUAUAAAUCCCGCCAGCUGCUUGGCUCACUGUUCUGUUCUCACCCUCUGGGCAGUCACUAACCCAGUGGCUCCCACCACCCCAGGCGGGACACGAGGCCAGAAGGGGAUGUUGGCUCAAUGUCAGCACCCCCCAGAGGGAUAAGGGCUACAGGCUGUCUUGCUCAAGGCCUUGAGCAGGUGUGAGGACAGCAUUGUCAUCUCCCUCCCCACCUUCUCCCCCCACUCCCACCACCAAAAUAACACACUGCAGCUGUGCAGCAGCAGCCCCAGCCCCAGAGUAAGGAGGGAGGGGCGUGGCAUUCGUUAAUGGGAAGCUUGUCAGGCCGAUGGUUCACACACCUGGCACUAGUUCAGGCAAGUGGCACCUCCUCUCUGGGUGUCCUGGAGCUGGGGCUUCCCCCUACUCUGACUUUCCCCGAUUCCCAGCCUCUGAGCUCUUUUCCUCUUCGUGACCAUGGACUUGCUCUAAUUGCCUGGGUGACCUUGAACAAGUCACAUCUGCUUUCUGGGCCUCUUUCCCCCUCUAACACGACCAGGUUGGACCAGGCUGUCCAGCCUCCCAGUUAACCUGAUCCUGGUGUCCCGGCUCAGUGUGGACCAUGACUGGGGGCUCAGGAUGGCCCGGCACCUGCCCAGUGUGGAAUGAGACACCUGGAAGGGGUAACCGAGAAACCCCGCAAGGCCGAGGGCACACCACCCCCCUUCACAGGGAGCAUCCUCAGUGGUAGCAGUGGCUGGAGGGCUGGACAACUUUGAUGCACAAGCAAGUUGCUGACCUCCGCACUCCCUGGCUCUCCCGCCCAACACCCAAAGGUGCAGAGGAACACCCCUGGCGACGGGCCGCCCUGUGCCCCUGCCUGGAACCUGUGGGACACUCCAGCACCCCCCAUUGCCGAGCCCAAAUGCCGCCUCUCACUACAGCAUAUUGGACCGUCUCCGAGUGGCCCCCAGACCCAAAUGCAUCCCACAACCUGAGAGCCCUGGGAAGGGAAGAGAAGGGCAGUGCUACCCGGGGAAUGGGCUGUGUGUUCAUUGCCAUGGCAUCUGGGAGAUCUUGUUCCCCACUUCUCUAGCAGGGCCUAGAGAAAUCAACAAAAAAAGAAUGGGCGCAUUCCGGGGCUGCAGCACGCUCCGCAGCGCCCGCCGUGUAAAAACCAGAGGGGCAGGGGCGUGGGCAGCCCUUUGCAGCUGGGUGAUCUGCUCGGCUGAGGUCUCCCCUGAGGUCGGGAGCUCAGCAGCGUCUCCUGGCCAGGCCUUGGCCCCUACUAUGGGGCUCCCUGAACCCCGCACUCGGCCGGCCCCAGCCUGGUGACCUGAGCCUCGGAGCAGCGCCAUCUCCCGGGUCACCUACGAAGCCGGCUUUCCCCUGUUCAUGCUGCAAACCUCCUCGGCUGGAACCGGCCGUCGUGAGCUUCUCGCCGCUUCCCAAGGCAAAGCGCCUGUCUCCAUGUGGUCGCCUGUGGUGACACACGCAGUGCAGUUUCUCUAUUUGCCCAGGUGGCUUUGGCUCAAGUGGCAUGGCCGGUGCUUGUCCCCCUCGGAGCCUCAAGUGCCUACAAUGUGCUCCCCGCCCCCUUGCCUGCUCCCCUGUAAUGUCCCCCUGGAGCCUGUGACACUUGGUCUUGGAAUACACCUCGCCUUCCUGCCCGGUAGCCAGUUAGGUGGGCAUCGUGGAAGGCCUGGACAUCAGUCAGCUAAUGUCCACCGAUAACUGGCAAAUCCUACCCCGGGCCGCGUGAGUGUGUGUGUGCUCAGAGGAAUGGCUUAUUUGUAAGUGGUGGCUACUGUUCUCGUAUAGGCUUUUAGCUCAUAAAAACCGUUGAACGUGAUGA